AGGGCGGGGCUUCCGGCUGCGGGUGCCCGGUCGGUGUCGGAUACUGUGUGGGCUGCCGGGGAGCCCUGGGUCUGGCCAGCGCGGACCCUUAGGCCUCAAUUCACGGCGGAGUCCUGCGGCCUCUCCGGGUCCCUGCGGUUUGCAGCGGCGGGGCCAUUGUUCCUGGGUCCUGGUAGGCACGCGUUCCUCGUCGUCUGCAGUGUGUGUGCUGAGGGUGGAGGACGCGGGAGAUGUCCUGAGGUCCCCCUGGUGGGGCACGUGUGCCAAGAAGGCCCACAGAUGAGGCCGGUGAUUCAUAGACUCUAAGUAGUACGAUAUCUGGAACAGGAGCAGUGUUUCCCAAAUGGGGUUUUCUUACAUGCCCGUUUUCCUCAAAAUGAGUGUUAGUAUUACCUUCUUAAGACCUUUUGCCAGAUGUCUGGUGCCAUUUACCCUUCAAAGGAAGAGAAGGGUUUUAUAUUCAACAAUUCUGCAGAGAUACAUGUCUUCCAAAAUACCUGCUGUGUCCUAUCCUAAUAAGGAGAGUACAUCACCUCCUGAACAGCUGGAAUUGGAUGGGUGGAAAGUUACAAUGAAAUCUAGUGUGCAAGAUGAAGAUGCUUCAACAGUCGCAAGUAGCAAGGAUGAAGAUCCUCUAACUGCCACCAGGGAGUUAAUUGAGAUGUGGAGAUUGCUUGGCCGAGAAGUACCAGAACACAUCAGUGAAGAAGAGCUCAAAACUCUUAUGGAAUGUGUUUCUAAAUCAUCCAAAAAGAAGUAUUUAAAAUACUUGUAUGUUAAGGAAAAAAUGAAAAAAGCUAAGCAAAUAAAAAAGGAAAUGAAAGCAGCAGCAAAGGAAGAAGCAAAAGACCAGCUGCUAGAAACCACUAAGGAAGACAAACAGCAAAACUUUCUAUUUCUGCGACUGUGGGACAGGAAUAUGGAAAUUGCAAUGGGCUGGAAGGGUGCCCAGGCCAUGCAGUUUGGACAACCUUUGGUUUUUGACAUGGCUUAUGCUGAGUAUAUGAAACCAAAAGAACUUCAGAAUACUGUUUCCCAACUUUUAGAAAGUGAAGGAUGGAACAGAAGAAAUGUGGAUCCUUUCCAUAUUUAUUUCUGCAAUCUUCAAUUAGAUGGUGCUUAUCACAGAGAGUUAGUUAAACGUUAUGGAGAAAAAUGGAACAAGUUGCUUUUAACAGCAACAGAAAAGUCUCAUGUAGAUUUGUUUCCAAAGGACAGUAUUAUAUAUUUAACUGCAGAUUCUCCCAAUGUUAUGACUACUUUCAAGCAUGACAAAAUUUAUGUAGUGGGAUCUUUUGUUGAUAAGAAUAUGCAGUCAGGCACAUCCCUAGCCAAGGCAAAACGGCUGAAGCUGGCAACAGAAUGCCUUCCGUUAGAUAAAUAUUUACAGUGGGACACUGGUACCAAAAAUCUCACCUUAGAUCAAAUGAUGCGUAUUUUGUUAUGUCUGAAAAACACUGGAAGUUGGGAAGAAGCUCUAAAGUUUGUUCCCAGGAGAAAACAUACUGGUUAUCUGGAGAUUUCUCAGCCUUCUCAAGAGAUUGUCAGCAGAUCAAAGAAGUCAAAGACUUUUAAUUCAUUUCCAAAAGGCUCGCUAAAUAAACGCACACAGAAAAGGUGACUUGAAUAAGAAUAUUUGAUGGCUUAAAAGGGAAAUGUAUUAGAAUACAGUUCUCUUAGUCUAUUUCUUCCUGAAUGGAAUUCACUUGCUCUUUCUUUUAAAUGUUGUCUUUCCAAACUAAUUGAAGUAUUGUCUCUCUCCCCAACUAAUUAAAUAUCUGCAAAACUUUGAAAAUA